AUGGCGGAAUCUUCAACUGAGGUCCCUUAUGAACGACAGAAUGUUCAUAAGGGGCACCGAUAUAUCAAGAACGGCAACAUGAUAGCACCAUGUCCGUGGUCUCUGAAUGCACUCGACCUCGACCUCCAAGAUAACCAAGAGGUGAUUGCUGUGCUCAAUAAACAAAUGGGCAGACUUGUACUUGAGUGGGACUCUUCCUGGAUCACCAAGUCCGGGGCUGGAGUGCGACCUCCCGAAGCCGAAGCGAUGAGCCUUGUCUUUAGGCAGACUGAUGUUCCGGCCCCCGAAGUGCUUUUCACCGAUUUCAGUCCCGAUGAAGGGAAGACAAACCCAAAGGAGUAUUUUAAGCCUGAUUAUCGUCCAUCUGAAGGAGUUAUUGGGAUGACUAUCAUUUCCGGAAUAACACUAGAGCAGAAAUGGGAUAGCCUAGAGGACGAGGCUAAAGAGUCAAGUUGCCUUCAACUCUGGGACCUCAUCACAAAGAUCCGAACGAUCCCUCGCUCACAAGAAGUCGAGGGACCUUACCAGUGUGCCGCAGAUGGCUCUCUAUCCCGGGACCCGAUGCUAGAAGAUUUGCAAGAGCCCGCUCGACCAAUUUUGAGUGACUCAGAUCUACGUGCAAGGAUCUACGAGCGGUAUCUCUACCACGGAGGGAGCCGGUAUGAAAAUCGACUACUGGAUAUGCUACCCCAUUCGGAGCGCUCGGUGUUCACGCAUGCAGAUAUUGCGCCGCGCAAUAUCCUCGUAGACGAGGAGAACAAUGUCACUGGUGUUAUCGACUGGGAAUAUGCGGGAUGGUAUCCUGAAUACUGGGAGUAUGCGCAGAUUAUGCGCCCGGCCUUUUGGGGGGACUGGUCGGUUUGGAUGGACAAGACGGCGCCGCAGAGGUGGGACCUUGGAGGAAUCAAUGCUGCUAGGAAGGUUUUAUUCUAA